ACUGGCAAAGACCAAAAUUGACUCCAACAUCUACAAAAUCAAGACCAUCAAUGGCGGUAACAACUGGGUGCCGUUUCACUCCCGCCCUUCCUCGUCUCUCCUCUCCUGUACAGAACCCUCAAAAAUCCGUCCAUUGCCUUCUGUGUCCUAGCUCCUUCAAACCCAUUUCACCGUCCAAGCCAAACCCUUCUAUUGCACUAUACAGGUCCAGGACUUCUCGGACAACAGUGGUGGCAUCGAAGCGAGCGUACCGGAUAUUGGCGGUUUCUGGAUUGGUUGAAGAUAGUUCUGAGAAACAACCGGAGUCGGAACCCGAAGUCUCGGGCACGGGUGCACAUAUUGACAUAAAACUUCCAAGAAGAAGCUUGCUUGUACAAUUUACUUGUGAUUUGUGUGGUGAAAGAACAAAGAGGCUUGUUAAUCGAUUGGCCUAUGAGCGGGGCCUUAUUUAUAUACAGUGUGCAGGGUGUCUUCGUUAUCACAAAUUAGUUGACAACAUCGGCCUCAUAGUUGAGUAUGACUUACGGGAGAAAAUCAAUAUGGACUCAGAUAACGAUCAACUUUGAUAUGUGGCAUUCAGCUCUUUAAGCUUGAUUAAGUUCUCUGUUCAACAGUUCCAUGUCUGUGUACAAAUCAAAGCAUGUUUUCAUUAAAAAUUAACCGUUUAAAAUUUGGAACUACAAAAACCUUGCAAUUUGGUUCAGUCUCCUUAUUAUUCAUUCCUAUAUGUUUUCUUAUAAUGAAAUAAUCAUCUCUCCUGUAUAACAACAAAUCUUCAUCAUGCAAGGAAUUGUAUCAUGUAAGAGCUAGCAGAAUGGCAACUACGACCCCUGUACUCAUCCACCUUCCGGACCUUCCUCCCUGCGGAUGUAGUGCAAGCCCUCCAUUCUGUAAAUCAAGAAAAAAAAAUGAGGAUGAUUACUAAAAACAUUUUGAUGUGAUCAAUAACACUGUAGCUUAGUGGUUCUUUUCUCUCA